AUGAUUAUCUUAGCACUAACACUGUUUGCUGUUUUCACGAAAGCAGAAGAGCCCCACUGUAAGCUUAGAGGAGGCAAAGAAUACCCUGUAUUUUCAAAGGAUGGUGAUAUUGUUAUUGGAGGUAUUUUUUCAUUUCACAGAAACUUUCGAGCUGUGAUUCCAACAUUCAGAACUGUUCCAGAAACCAUUAAAUGUGAAAACAUAAAUUACAGAGAAUUUCAGCUCGCUCAGUCUAUGAUCUUUGCCAUAGAGGAAGUAAACAGAAAUACUGAAAUCCUUCCUGGAGUUUCCUUGGGUUAUAAGAUAUAUGAUGCCUGCACUUCCUUAAUACAAGCAAUAAGAUCAGCAAUGGCACUGAUAAAUUCACAGGAAGAAACGUAUCCUGUCCAGAUGUGUUCCAAGCCAGCCAAUGUUCUUGCAGUAAUCGGACUGUCUGAAUCAUCACUUGCAGUUGGGGUCACAACAACAAUUGGAACAUUUAGAGUUCCUGUGAUCAGCCAGCUUGCUACUUGUACAUGUCUCAGCAACAAACUUGAAUUUCCUGCUUUUUUCCGGACUGUUCCUAGUGACUACCACCAAAGCAGAGCACUGGCACACCUUGUAAAAUAUUUUGGGUGGACGUGGAUUGGGACAGUCAGAAGUGAUAAUGAUUAUGGUAAUUUUGGAAUGACAUCCUUUUUGGAAGCUGCACGAAAAGAAGGGGUCUGCAUUGAAUAUUCAGAAGCUAUUUACAGGACAUACCCAAAAGACAAAUUUCUAAAAACUGUGAAAACUAUAAAAGAAUCAACAUCAAAGAUUAUUGUGGCAUUUGCAUCAUAUAUUGACUUAGAGUUUCUGAUAAAGGAGUUGUUUCUUCAGAAUGUAACUGGCUUCCAGUGGAUAGGCAGUGAAUCAUGGAUUACUGCACGAAACUUUGCAAGUGAAGGGGGAAAUCAAGUUUUAAAUGGUGCCAUUGGAUUUGCACUGCAGAACGCUGUUAUAAUAGGCUUAAAAGAGUUUCUGCUCAACAUUCAUCCAUCUAUCUUGCCGGACAAUGUUUUUUUAAGGGAAUUUUGGGAAAACGUUUUCAGCUGCACUCUGGCUUCAGAAAGCAAAAUGGACAAUAAAACUAUUUGCACUGGAUCAGAAAACCUAAGGGAAGUAAGCAAUCAGUACACUGAUGUUACUGAAAUGAGAAUCCCUUAUAAUGUUUAUAAAGCAGUUUAUGCAACAGCCUAUGCAAUAAACAGUCUUAGAAACUGCAAAGAUGGGCAACACCCAAAUAGAAGUAAAAUAUGUUUAAAUGAGACAAUCAUGCAACCAUGGCAGCUUCUUCAGACUCUAAAAACUGUAAAUUUUACAAGUAAAUCUGGAGACAAUGUCUAUUUUGAUGAAGAAAAUACCCUUGUAAAAUAUGAACUAGUAAACUGGCAACUUAAGGAUGAUGGAAACAUAGAGUUUGUUACAGCUGGUUACUAUGAUACGUCAUUACCAUUAGAGCAACGGUUUGUAAUGAAGAACUCAACCAUUAUUUGGACUGGCACACAAAGGCAGAUCCCCAAAUCAGUGUGCAGUGACAACUGUCCACCAGGUACACGUAAGGCGGUUCAGAGAGGAAAACCAAUUUGUUGCUUUGAUUGCAUAAAAUGUGCUGAAGGAGAAAUCAGCAAACAAAUAAAUUCUAUUGAUUGCAUUAAAUGUCCACUGGAAUUCUGGGCAAAUGAAGACAGAAAUCAGUGCAUUUUAAAGGAAGUUGAGUUCCUGUCCUUUGAAGAAAUAAUGGGAAUAAUGCUGGUGACAUUUUCCUUAUUUGGAGCAUUUGUAACCAUAAUAGUAGCUAUUAUUUUCUUUCACUACAGAGAUACUCCUGUUGUGAAAGCAAACAAUUCUGAACUCAGUUUUCUUCUUUUGUUUUCGCUAGCAUUGUGUUUCUUGUGUUCGCUGACUUUCAUUGGCCAGCCCUCUGAUUGGUCGUGCAUGUUACGUCACACAGUCUUUGGGAUCACAUUUGUUUUGUGCAUUUCUUGUGUUCUUGGUAAAACUAUAGUGGUGCUAAUGGCAUUUAGGGCUACACUGCCUGGAAGUAAUAUCAUGAAAUGGUUUGGUCCAGCUCAGCAGAGGUUAUGUGUUUGUAUGUUAACGAUUAUACAGACUUUAAUAUGCACACUUUGGUUAAUAAUAUCUCCUCCAUACCCAAACAAAAACACAAAGUCCUAUAAAGAAAAGAUCAUUCUGGAAUGUGCAAUGGGCUCCGCAAUUGCAUUUUAUGCUGUCAUUGGUUAUGUUGGAUUUCUCUCGGCUAUGUGUUUUGUUUUGGCUUUUUUGGCCCGAAAGCUACCAGAUAACUUUAAUGAAGCUAAAUUUAUCACAUUCAGCAUGUUGAUAUUCUGUGCAGUAUGGAUCACCUUCAUUCCAGCUUAUAUCAGCUCACUGGGGAAAUAUACAGUUGCUGUGGAAAUAUUUGCAAUUUUAGCAUCCAGUUUUGGCUUGCUGUUCUGUAUUUUUGCACCAAAAUGCUACGUUAUUCUACUAAAACCAGAAAAUAACACCAAAAAGCAUUUAAUGGGAAAAAUGCCCUCAAAAUCGCUAUAA